AUGUGGUUCUUCAAUACGAAGCUCUGGCUUCCAGCAUUGCUUGCUCUCCAAGCUAAUGCGGUGAACGCCCAAGCCAAUUCACCCAACUGCACAACCGAGACCCAAUUCUUCACGCAGCUGGUUGACCAUAACUCGACUGCAAAUGGGACUUUCCAGCAACAGUAUCAGAUACUCAAACCGCACUUUAAACCCGGAGGUCCCAUCUUCUACUAUCAGCAAGCCGAAACUGGAACAUUCUCCUGUUUGGAGAGAACCAUUUACCCAGAAUGGGCCGAAGAGAUUGGUGGCAUGGUGAUCAGCCUCGAGCACCGCUUCUUUGGCCUUAGCGAUGCAUCCAACGCCACGGACCCCAUCGAAAAGUACAAGUCACUGACUCUUGAGAAUGUCAUGUUGGAUGCCGUGACAUUCAUCAGUCACAUCAAGCAUACUAUCCCCGGAGCCAAGGAUAGCAAGGUUAUCGUAUCUGGCGGCUCAUACGGUGGCUUUUUGACUACGGUACUCAAGAUGAACUAUCCUGAGGUGUUCUUUGGAGCCAUUCCCUACGCUCCUCCGCUUGGAUCAAUUGGAGCAAACUACCAGAAUCCGAGGCGAUACGACUGGUUCAACUGGGUCAACCAGGUCUACUGGGAUCUAUCCGCAGCGGCGGCGAGCAAAAUGAGGGAUGCUUUCACUUUGCUUGCAAAGCGUUUCGAAAACUUGGGCGAGGUAGAAGACAUUGCGAAAGAUCUCAAUCUCUGCACCGUUCCAAAAACAGCAGCAGACCUUCAGCUAGUGAUGGGCGUGAUCACUACCAACGCAGAACUGAUCCCCUUGCUCAGUUACAGCAGUCCAGACGCAAACCCUUACGGCGCUACUCCUCAGAAAUUGGUCAACAUAACGCUCAGCGCAAAGGACCCAAUCGACAUUGUCAACGCAACUCUGGCGCUGCGAAACCCGCCCGAUCUGGUUCCUUGCAUCUCCUGGAAUUCGAACCAAUCUUCGGAAGCAAGUCUGCAGAAGGCCCCUUUCAACUAUCUUCUGUGCAAUUACUUCCCCUUGAGCGUCAAUGAGAUUCUCAAAGGGAACAUCUACCCUCCGACGUCUGUUCAAACAGAAUCAGAUCCCAUGACCUGCGAAACCCUUUUCAAGCUUGUUCCCCCAACCCAAGCCGAGGUUGAGGCAAAGUGGCACAUAUCACGAGCCGACCUCAUCCAAGCGCCUCGUAUCAUAUUUGCCUAUGCGGAGAACGAUCCCACUAGUGGUGUCGGCAUCCAUCCAUUUCCUCCCUCGCCAGACCGCAAUGCCUCCAGAUGGAUGAUGACUAGCCUGGCCGCGCAUGGAGAGGAGUCUAUUGCGUCUUUCAAGGGAGACAAACCCAGUGUCAUCCAUGCCAGACGCGUACAGCUGGAGACGAUCAAGGAGUGGCUUGGACUCUACUGA